AUGGUUACCGGCACAUGGUUUCCCCCUGAGUAUGACUUUGUGGAGAUUGAGGACCUGAGUGAGGGCAGGGUCCUGGGUCGCUGGUGUGGGUCUCAGUCCGGUCCGGCGGUCCUGCUGUCCCAGGGGUCUCAGGUCCGAGUCCGCUUCGUGUCUGACCAGUACUUCCCCUCUGAGCCCGGAUUCUGUCUCCACUACUCCCUACUGCCACCGAGUGACCCUGAGCCGCAGGCUCCUGCUGUGACUCCAGAUCCUCCCCCCAGUGUGGAGGAGCUGGAGGAGGCGGUCUCCACCCUGGGGACGGUGGAGGAGGUGCUGAAGUACCUGGACCCUGAGGGCUGGCGGGCGGACAUGGAGGAGCUGUACCGGCCCUCCUGGCUCGGCCUCGGGAAGUCCUACAUCCACAACAAGAAGACCAGAGUGGGAGCCGACCUGAACCAGCUGAGGGAGGAGGUCCGUCUGUACAGCUGCUCCCCGCGGAACGUGUCGGUGUCGCUACGUGAGGAGCUGAGGAGGACGGACGCCAUCUUCUGGCCCGGCUGCUUGCUGGUGCGGCGCUGCGGCGGGAACUGCAGCUGCUCCCAGUGCUCCCAGUCAUGCUCCCAGUCCGGGGAACAGUGUGCCUGCAUUCCCAGCAGGACCUCCAGGAAGUACUACGAGGUCCUGCAGCUGAAGCACCGGGCGGGGGGGCGUGGCCUGCAGCGCUCCAUGACCGACGUGGUGUUGGAGCAUCAUGAGGAGUGUUCCUGUCAGUGCCAGCAGAACCACGACUGAUCGAGACCCCCCAGACCCCCAGGACCCCCAGACCCUCCAGAUCACCCAGGACCCCCAGAACCCAUCCAGAACCCCAAGACCCCAGAGGACCCCCAAACCCUCCAGACCCUCCAGACCCCCCAGACCCUACUGAACCCCCAGAAACCCCACACCCCCCAGAGUCUCCUGACCCUCCGGACCAGAAAGGCCUGUCUCUAACCCCCCCCUCCCGUCGUGGCCUCUAGCCUCCACUCCGGAGAACAUGUCUAACGUCUGCUCUGACGGGGGACGGGAGGUUCUGCUCCAGGGGGUCUGCAUCUGAUCUGCAGCCAUCUUCUUGGCUCCAGCUCACAGGAUCAUGAACAACGUUUCUUUUCUUCUAUUGGCAGAACAGUGGGGUUCUGGAGUCGUGCUGAACCGCCCCUAAGCGAAUGAAAUAUGUAAAUAUUUGGUUUUAAAUAUUAUUUUUUUUUUUUUUAGAUUGUGUAUGUAUGAUGUUUUUUCUACCAAACUCUGUUAGCUAAAUGAUAAUUCUUGUAGAACUAUUGGUGGUAAGAGUUCCCCUUCGGUCCGUCGUGAGCUCACCCGGCGAGCGUUCCAGUCAACGUUGGGGAUAGCUGAUAUUUAUUUGGGGUAAAAGUUGUGAAUUGUGUGUGAACAUGAACUAUCCUAGGAGCAACAGUCUGUUGUUACUCACUGCCUUUUUUACCGUUGCCAUUUCCUCGCCCCUUUGCUAUAUACCAAAGUUAUUUAACAAUGUUUGUGUCAGUUUUAUGUAUUUCAUUGUAAUGGAAAUCAGAAAUAAAUUCUCAGUUUCUUAAUAAGUA